AUGAUCAGAAAAGCUCUCAACGUUUAUCAAAAAGUAGUAGCCGGCAAUAUGAAACCAAUAAGCCGCCAAUCACUAAAAAAAAUCCCCCUUUCCUACGCCUCCUGCUCAAUUGGCUGUGGACCAAACGACACACUCGGGCGCAAACUAGAGGCCAUCAGCAAUGCAGGAUUCGUCUCAAUUGAGCUUUCUUACCCUGAUAUUGUGGCAUUCGGCUCUCAGGUACUCGGAUACCCCGUUCAACCUGAUAAUUACUCCGUGCUCUUAGGUGUCGCCCGAGAUAUCCGCCGACUAUGCGACGCGAAUUCAUUGACAGUAAUGAUGCUGCAGCCAUUUGCGAAUUUCGAAGGAUGGCCGCAAGGAUCAGCCGAGCGCGAGGAAGCAUUUUCGAGAGCGAAGGGCUGGAUUGAGAUGAUGAAGGUUGUUGGGACUGAUCUUCUGCAGGUUGGCGCGACAGAUACACCCAAAGAGAAGAUAUCAACUUCCCGGGAUACCAUCGUCUCCGAUCUCCGUGAGCUAGGCGGUAUGCUAGCCAAGCAUAACUUCCGACUCGCCUACGAAAACUGGUGCUGGUCUACCCAUGCACCAGGCUGGAAAGAUGUAUGGGAGAUCGUGCACGAUGUGGAUCUCCCAAAUGUCGGUCUCUGUCUUGAUACAUUCCAAUCAUGCGGGAGCGAAUGGGGCGAUCCGACGACCUCGUCAGGAUUGAUCGAAACCGAAUCGCGUGAGCAGCUGCAGGCCAACUGGCAUUCAAGCAUGCAGCAGCUGGCAGCUACUGUCCCCGGCGACAAGAUCUUCCUAUUGCAGAUCUCCGAUGCGUAUAAAGUCUCGCCUCCGCUUGAAGACAAGGUCAGUGGAGGCUUACGUCCGCGUGGUCGCUGGAGCCAUGAUUUCAGGCCUAUGCCAUAUGAUGGAGGAUAUUUGCCAAUUGAAGAUUUUGCCAAAGCGGUUUUGCAAACUGGUUUUAGAGGGUGGUUCUCUCUGGAGAUCUUUGAUGGGGGACCUGAGGGUAAGGGGAGGUCAUAUGAAAUGAAUGAGUUUGCGAAGAAGGCUAUGGUCAAUACGCAGAAGCUUUUGGAUAAUUGUGCUACAGAGCCUUGA